AUGAAAAGGCAUCAGCUAACCCACACUGGACAUCUCAAGUGUAAGUGCCUCGAAUGUGAAAAAUACUUCUCGGAUGGUCAUAAUCUGAAGAGACACCAGACGCGAGUUUGUGAAAAGGAGCUCCAAAUUUUGGAUGAAGAAGAGAUCCCACAACCCUCAACUAGCAAAUCUCUGAUCACAUCACCCCUCAAGACUUCCUCUCCACCAGGGCCAUCUCAUCAAGGAACUCUGGACACUAUCACAGCCACUAACACAUGCUCUGUGUGUGGGAGGUUUUUUGCUCGUACUUCAAGCUUGGUAAGGCACAUGAGCUCCCACUCAAAAGAGUGUCCAUUUAGGUGUGUCAAUUGUGGUAAGAGGUUCAAGUAUUCAUACGAUUUAAAAAAACGCCAGAGAGAAUUGUGUCAGAGAAUGACCCAGGGAGAUUUGUGUCAGGAUGUUGGUCAGAACAUGGCACAACAACAGAGUGGCCCGCAACCGGAGAAGGUUUUUCUUGCCACUGCAGAAAAUCAAACCCAGGUAGAUUCCAAAACCUGUUAUGUCUGUAGUAAGAUUUUGACUUGUACCUCACAGAUGGAUAGGCACUUGAAAUCUCACUCAAAGGCACGUCCCUUUCAUUGUGCUAUUUGUGAGAGAAGCGUUAAGUACAAAGACUCUUUGAAGAAACAUCAGGAAAUCCUUGGACACGAGGGCAUCCUAAAAUACUUUGGUCUGAGUGUGGACCCGCAACAAGUGGAAGUUAACACAGAGAGUUGCAUCAGCACUCUCACUACCAAGGAAAAUGACACUGAGCCCCUUAUCAAGGCUGUUACUCCAUUGCCAACUGCCCAAGAACACGCAUGCACUGUGUGUGGGAAGAUGUUGGACUGUGCUUCUCAUUUAGCUACUCAUAUGAGAUCCCAUUCAGAGGAGCGUCCUUAUCAAUGUGUCAACUGUGAGCAGAGUUUGAAGUACAAGCAAAGUUUGAAUCAACACCAGAGAUAUAUCUGAAAGGUGAACCGAGAAGAGUCCUCUCAGAUGGUAGACCAGCACCAAGGGGAGGAGUCUAGCGAACUGCUGGCUUUUAAGGCUAAUACCCCAGAGACAUCCACCAGUCAACCCCAACUGGUUCACUGGUGUAAAAAAUGUGGAAAGCGUUUCGAUGACAUCUGUAAUUUGAAGCAACACCAGGAAAGUUUAUGCCGAGAGGAAAAAAUAAAGGUGGUCUUCAAAUGUGAAAAAAGAAAGGUGGUCUUCAAAUGUGAUGAUUGUGGGAAGGACUUCAAAGGUUCAUCAUCCCUAAGAACACACAAGCGAAUUCACAACCCAUUCUAUUGCUCUGAUUGUGGAAAGGUACUUCCAAACUCAAUUGCCUUUGACAGACACAAGCUGAUGCAGCACAAGGAAAUCCAGUGUACCAUGUGUGAGAAGACCUUUACCCUGUUGGGGCGUCUGAGAGAUCACUAUCUGCAUCAGGAGAGUACCUGUACCAGUGCUCUGUUUGUCAAGCGAAGUUCAAUUCAGCAAAUUCUCUAACAAUACACAGUAGGAAGCACACAGGAGAAAAGCCGUUCCUGUGCUGGCAGUGUGGAAAGGCUGCUGGAGAACUGUCAGUGCAUAUGGGGACCCACUCAGAGGAGAGACCAUUUUCUUGCUCGCAGUGUGACAUGUCCUACAGAACAAAACUUCAGCUGAAUUCACACAUUGAACAAGUUCAUGAGGGGGUGAGAUACCCUUGUACAAUCUGUGGAAAGCAAUUUUACAAAGCAGUGUCAUUGAAAAGACAUGAACUUACUCACACAGGAGAAAGACCAUUUCCAUGCUCCUAUUGCACAAAAACCUUCAUCACUGCCAAUGAAAGAAGGCUGCAUGAAAGAUACCAUACUGGUGAGAGACCAUACAAAUGCCAAGACUGUGGAAAGUCUUUCAUUCAGUUAGGUUACCUGAAAUCGCACCGACGUCUUCACACAGGAGAGAAGCCAUUUGCAUGUAGCUUUUGUGAUAAAAGUUUUAGAUUAUCGUAUCAUAGGUUAAAACACGAGCGAACCCAUACAAGAAUAAAUAAGCCACGUGUGUGGGGAAUGUGGGUUAGCCUUCGCUCAAAGAAAGUGCCUGACUGAACACCAACACACUCACCCCGUGAAUUAAAAUUGUUUUUUUGGAACUCUGAUGUCCCUUUGUAUUGUUAUUCAUUUUAAGACAGUACAGCGGGGAAAGUAGUGAGGGAGACAGAAAGUAGGGGGACAGACAGAAGGGCAGAGAAGGGGCUUGAACCCUUGUCCCCAGGCAGGUAAAUGUGGACUGGAGUCAAAAGCAUUAUCACUCUGUUAGACUCUGGCAUUUGGGUUAUUGUUGGUUAUUAUAUAUAUUUUAAAAAACAUUGGUUUAACACCUUUUUUGUUUUUUUGUGUUC